AUGGAGUCUACACAAUCAAUCUUGUUCUUAAUUUCUUCCAACAAGUACAAUCAGAUUAUCACGAGCAAGAUCCGAGGCUUAUUGUUGAUGAUAUUCGGAAACUUCGGGAUUGUUAGGAUCGUCGAUCUUAGUCUCGGCGAGAAAGAGGCAGUUAGAACGAGCAUUUUCUCAAGCAGAUGGAGGAAACUACGGAAAACAUCAUUAAAGAUCCUCGACCUUGAUACCAAGAAUUGUACCAACAUUGAUAUUGAAGAUCUUGAUCUCGAUGAUGAUGCUGUUGUGAGAUGGGUCAAUCAAAUUUUAGCACUUUACAAGUGUACCAAGUUAGAGGCCUUCCCACUAAUACGUCCGUCAUUGCACGUAGAUUACAGUCAUGAGAUUGACAAGUGGAUUUGUUUUGCGCUAUCUAAGAAAGUCGAAAAGCUUAACAUAUCGGUAUAUAUGUACCAGUACGCUCAUUAUCUUACGGGAGAAGAUCCCUAUUCAUUUCCUCAUCAACUAUUUAAUGAGGAAAUAUCAAACAAUAACCAUUCCAGUUUGAAGCACAUAUGCUUGGAGUAUUGUAGGUUAAAUCUUCCACCAAAUUUCGGCGGUUUUUGUAGCCUCAAAUCAUUGAUCAGUCUUCUAAAUGUUCAACUGACUAAAGCAGCUAUGCUCAACAUCUCAACCAACUGCUUAUCCCUUGAGUGGUUAAGCACGGAAUCGUUUUCCUCUACUUCCAAGCGCUUCAAGUUUGGGAGUGGAUUCUACUCAUGCCCAUUGAAGCACUUGUAUAUAUCUUGUUGUGAUGACGAUUUAUAG